CAUGAAAGGUAUGGAGAUUAUGCAAACCAAUUGUAGUUCAGGAUAUGCUGGUAAACCUCCUUGGAUUUUUAAAGGCAGUGCCCUAUACCAGUUUCAUCUUGUGAAAGCAGAAGUUGCUAGAGCUAUCAUUCCUAAAGAGUUCAAAUUAGUUGAAACUUUUGGGUAUACAGCAGGAGGGUUUUAUCUUGCAAACUACACUGAGAGCCCAUUUGGACCCUUUAAUGAGCUUGUGACAAUAGCAGGAAUCGUCCGUACCACACGAAUGCCAACGUCUCAUGCAUGGGCAGCAAGUGUUUAUGUGAACAAUGACAACGCGUGCAUGCAUGGAAGAAAGGAAUUCGGUAUUCCAAGUCAAGUUGCCACUUUUUCGAAGGUGGAAUCCCAAAUGAUUCACGUAGCUGAAAACGAUGGUCCUGUAACAACGAGCCUCUAUGAUAUUCGACUCCAGCCUCCUAUUUUGAAGAUGAAUCCAUUGAAGUGGAUGGCUUUGGGCCCGACAGUUAAGAUGUCACUUCCCGGCUAUAGUGGCCGCACAGAGCAUGUACCUCAGCUUCUUAAGUACACUUGCCAGAUUGAGUGCAGGGUGAAACCUACAUCGCCAGCGAGAAUUUCAGGAUCAUUAGGCCGGAUUGAUACCGAAAAUGAGGAGUUGAAUGAAUGUUUAAAGAAGAGAGAAAUGGGCAUGUCAGUGAUGCUUUCAAAACCGAUAUUAGCACUGGAGUUCAACUGCCUGAAAAUGGAGGUUCACCGUCCUGUUGUAGUUUCAGAUCACCCCUUGGAACCAAAACAAAACCGACAGUCCGACACCAAAAUGGCAACAGGAUCAAAUAAUUAACUUUCACAUAUUGUAUUAUUUCUUCCAUUUGGUGUUUCAAAAAUACAAGUAUAAUAAGCAUAAUAAUUCAAAAUGGUUGUAGUAGUAGCAAUCAUUAUA